AUGUUGGCACUUCGAUCUAGAGCAGCUGUUGUUGCUAGAAGAGCACGCACUGCUACUAGCAAAUUCCCUUCCUCUUCGACCCGUGAAGUUCAGCAAUAUCUCUCCCAUUUCAGUUCUGUGUCUUCGCAACAAUUCGCCGUUAUCAAGGUUGGUGGUGCCAUCAUCACCGAACAUCUCGAAUCUCUUACAUCGGCCCUUGCAUUCCUCAACCAUGUGGGUUUAUUCCCCGUUGUUGUUCAUGGCGCCGGACCACAAUUGAAUAAGUUAUUGGAGGAUGCUGGUGUGGAGCCACAAUUCGAAGAGGGCAUUCGUGUUACAGAUGGAAAGACAUUGGCAGUUGCGCGAAAACUGUUUUUGGAGGAGAACUUGAAGUUGGUGGAGAAAUUGGAGGAGAUGGGAGUUAGAGCCAGACCAAUUACUUCUGGUGUUUUCGGUGCAGAUUACUUGGAUAAGGAGAAAUACAAUUUGGUUGGGAAAAUCAACAAGGUCAACAAAGGUCCAAUUGAGGCUGCUAUCAAUGCCGGAUGCUUGCCAAUUUUGACUUCUAUGGCUGAGACUCUUGAGGGUCAAGUCUUGAAUGUCAAUGCUGAUGUUGCUGCUGGAGAACUUGCCAGGGAAUUACAACCAUUGAAGAUUGUUUACUUAUCAGAGAAGGGAGGACUCUUCAAUGCGGAUACUAACGAGAAGAUUUCGGCCAUCAACCUCGAUGAGGAAUAUGAUUCUUUGAUGUCACAAUGGUGGUGUAGAUAUGGUACAAGAUUAAAGAUCAAGGAGACCAAACAAUUGCUUGAUCUCCUCCCAAGAUCUUCCAGCGUUGCUAUUAUUCACCCAGCGGAUCUUCAAAAAGAAUUGUUCACAGAUACCGGAGCAGGAACUUUAAUUAGAAGAGGAAACAAGUUAACCACCGCCAGCUCCCUUUCUGAUUUUGAGGAUAUCCCAAAAUUAAAGGAUGUUCUCGUACGCGAUCGUGAGGGUUUGGAUGCCCGAGCUACUGUUGACAGAUAUGUUGACGGUCUCAAGAACAAGGAAUUCAAGGCUUAUUUUGAUGAGCCUAUGGAUGCUCUUGCAAUUGUUCUCCCUCCAAAGUCGCCGAGUUCCCUUUCCAACUUGGCCACCUUUACUAUUACCAAGGCUGGAUGGUUGACCAAUGUUGCUGAUAAUGUCUUUGCUGCUAUCAAGAAGGAUCACUCUAAAUUGGUCUGGACUGUUAAGGAAGACGAUGAGAAUUUGACUUGGUUCUUUGAUAAGGCUGAUGGAAGUUUGUCUAAGGAUGGAGAGGUUAUGUUCUGGUACGGAAUCACAGAUGGCAAUGAAGUCAAGGACCUCAUGACUGAAUUCGUCACUCAUGGUAGAUCUAUGCUUGGUGAUGCUAACCUAGAAGCACGACUUCACCGUGCGGCUAGAGCAGCUACUGGAAUGAGUGCUGCUAUGGCAGGUCAAGGUGCUAUCAAGCAACAAGCUAGAGCUUUCUCUACUUCUGCUCGUAGACCUGCGGUGAAAUCUACCCGGGCUUCGCACUUUAUGAUCUCAGGACGAGGAUAUGCUACAACAACCAAUCCUAACCCUCCUUUUGGCAAGCAAAACUCAUCUAAUACUCAGCCAGCUAAGGUUGCUUUGAUCGGUGCUAGAGGUUAUACUGGACAAGCUUUGAUUAGCCUCCUUAAUGCUCACCCAAAUAUGGAUCUCAGACAUGUCUCAUCAAGAGAACUUGCAGGUCAAAAAUUGAAGGGUUAUGAAAAGAGAGAUAUCACAUAUGAAAACCUUUCUCCAGAAGAUGUUCGCAGAAUGGAAGAAAAGGGAGAGAUUGACUGUUGGGUUAUGGCACUACCAAAUGGUGUUUGCAAGCCUUUCGUUGAUGCUGUCAACGAGGGUAAGGGUCCUCAAAAUAGUGUCAUUGUUGACCUUUCUGCCGAUUACCGAUUUGAUAGCAAAUGGACAUAUGGUCUUCCAGAGUUAGUCAGCAGAUCUGACAUCGCUAAGGCCACUCGGAUUUCCAACCCAGGUUGUUAUGCUACAGCAGCUCAACUUGGAAUUGCUCCAUUGGUACCUUUCCUUGGUGGUCAACCAACUGUCUUUGGUGUAUCAGGUUAUUCUGGAGCCGGUACCAAGCCAUCCCCAAAGAAUGAUGUCGAGAACCUUACUGGUAACAUCAUUCCUUACUCUCUCACAGACCACAUCCACGAACGUGAAAUUAGCACUCAGUUAGGUGUUGAAGUUGCCUUUAUUCCACACGUAGCAGUCUGGUUCCAGGGUAUCCAUCAUUCAAUUUCUAUUCCUUUGAAGGAGAAAAUGACUAGUAGAGAUAUUAGAAAUCUUUAUCAAGAACGAUAUGCGGGAGAGAAAUUGGUCAAGAUUACAGGUGAAGCGCCAAGUGUUAAGAAUAUUAGUGGAAAGCACGGAGUAGAAAUUGGUGGUUUUGGAGUACAUAGUAGUGGUAAGAGAGUGGUUGUUUGUGCUACGAUUGAUAAUUUAUUAAAGGGAGCUGCGACACAAUGUUUGCAAAACAUGAACCUCGCAUUAGGAUUCGCGGAAUAUGAAGGCAUCCCACUUGAAUAA